AUAACACGUAAAAUCUCUCUAGUAGUUCAGACGUACCCUAAUCUUUGUUUGAAAUAGUGCGACGUGCGACAUCUACCGUGUCUGUAUCUAUUUAAAAAAUCAGUUUUAAAAAGUUUGAAUUUUAUUUUUUGUUAUUUAGCUGUUUUGUAGCCAAUUAUUUGAUAUUACUCGUUGAUAUUUACAUAUUUCUAAGUAAAAAAUAUGAGCGUUAAAUUGAAUCUAAUCGUUGCAGUUAGCGAGAACAUGGGAAUCGGAAAAAACGGCGAUUUACCGUGGAGAUUGAGGAAAGAAAUGGCUCAUUUUACGCGACUGACAACAAGUACGAAGACUCCAAAUCGUAAAAACAUUGUUGUUAUGGGCAGAUUAACUUGGGACAGUAUACCAGAGAAAUUCAAGCCUUUGCCCAACAGAAUUAAUUUUAUUUUAACCAGAUCUGAUCGAGAUUUCAGCCAGUACAAGGAUACCUACAAAUUUAGUAGUUUAAAAGAAAUUAUAUCCAGUCUAGAGACGGAAAAAUUUAAAAAUGAAUUCGAGAGUGUCUGGGUUAUCGGAGGGGCUUCAGUUUAUAAGGAGGCUUUAUCUUCGCCAUAUUUCCACAGAUUAUAUCUUACAAAGGUACAGAAGAAUUUCGAUUGCGAUGCAUUUUUUCCACAACUACCCGAAAGUUUGAAGGAAAUCAGUGAUACAGAGGUUCCCGUAGAUGUUCAGGAGGAACGAGGGAUUAAAUAUACGUUUCAUGUUUAUCAACGGGUCUAGAAUAAGAAACAAUGUAGAACUAUGUAAGUAAACCAUUUAUUUUUGUAGUAUUUACAGAAUAAAACGAAUAUAUACAAUAUAUAAUUUCAAAAUAUUAAAACUUGUAAAGGAACAUUGUAUAACAAAAAUAAAAAUAAGUUUAUUUUUGUUUAUAUUUGAAUAUGUAUAUGUAUCAUCUUUCUAUACAAUUUAUUUCUGUAUUAUCAACUCUACAGAACUAACUAUGUUAUUUUUCAUAGAUAUACAAUUAAAUAUGUUUUAUUACUUUU